AUGACACCGGCAGCUACAUCGCCACCCCCUAACACCCCUAAAGCCACCCCCGAAACCAUUCCCUCCGACAUCACCACCGCCGCCCAACGCGCCGAACCCCCCCAAAUCCCCGCGCACCGCUCCCACGACCCCUCCAACAACCUCAAACGCACCGACCCCUUCCAAUUCGGCUCCCGCUACCUGGAACAAGGUGACAACGUCUUCGAAUUCAACGCCUGGGACCACGUCGAGCCGGACGACGAAUACAAAGCCUUUGCCGAAAUCCAAUACUCCAAACAGCGCGAGUCCCCCGUCUCCGACUUCGACCGCUGGCGCUUCAACGCAGACCCGGCCAAAUGGUGGAACUUGUUUUACAAGAACAAUACGGCGAAUUUCUUCAAGGAUCGCAAGUGGUUGAGGCAGGAGUUUCCGGUGCUCGCGGAGGUUACGAAGGCUGAUGCGGGAGGGAAGGUUGUGUUGGAGGUUGGGGCUGGGGCGGGGAAUACGGCGUUUCCGUUGGUGGUGAAUAAUGAGAAUGAAGGGUUGAGGGUUCAUGCGUGUGAUUUUUCGAAGACGGCGGUGCAGGUUAUGAGAGAGAGUGAGCAUUAUAAUCCCAAGUAUAUUACCGCGGAUGUGUGGGAUGUGGCUGCUGUGCAGACGGAGGAGAGUGAUUCGCUGCCUCCGGGGUUGGCGGAGGGGUCUGUUGAUGUUGUCGUGUUGAUCUUUAUCUUCUCGGCUCUCAAUCCCACCCAGUGGGAUCAGGCCAUGCGCAACAUCCACCGUGUGUUGAAGCCUGGUGGUCAGGUCCUGUUCCGUGAUUACGGACGAGGAGACCUCGCGCAGGUGCGGUUCAAGAAGGGCCGGUAUCUGGCAGACAACUUCUACGUCCGCGGAGACGGGACACGAGUAUACUUCUUCGAAAAGUCCGAAUUGGAGUACAUGUGGAGCGAAUGGACAUCAGAGAAGGGCAUUCCGUUUAACGCUGAACCCUCUCAGCCGAUCUGCACGGGCCAAAAUGAUGGCCUUUUCGAGAUCCUCAACCUGGGUAUUGACCGUCGUUUGAUUGUCAACCGAAACCGCAAACUCAAGAUGUACCGUUGCUGGAUGCAGGGUCAUUUCAGAAAGCGUGAAGCGGCCAUCAAGGACAAGAAGGAGGACGCGUGA